CCCCAAUUUAGGUCCUCAAUUUCUAUGUCUUUCAUCAUCCAGAUUAUAUGUUCCAGUCCUUGACCUAACAUCAUGGCCAAAAACGACAAGCCAGAAGAGGGAGAUAAAGUCUCUUGGAACUGGGGUGGUGGUGCUCCUGAGGGUACGGUGGCAGAAACGAAGGAGCAAGGGUCAAUUGAGAUCAAGACGCAACGCGGGAACAUUGUCAAAAGAAAAGCCGACGCGAGCAACCCUGCAGUCCGAGUUAAACGGUCGGGCAAUGAUGUCGUCAAAAGAGCCUCGGAAUUGACAAUCGAAGAAAAGAAAAAAGGCGGCCAUGACAGUACCAAACGCAAGGCCAACGGUCAAGAUCCUGAAGAAUAUGAUGACGAGCAAGGAGAGGAUGAAGAAAGCGAUAUUAUCUCGGACGAGGUUGACGAAGAACUUCAGACGAAGGAUAAACAAGGCAAAGAGGUGAAUAAGGGCGGGAAAAAGACCAAGAAACAAAAAAGGGGGCAGCAAGACGUAUCUGAAGAAGACGGAGAUGAAAACAAUAAAGGGAACACUAAUGGGAACGAAGAUGAAGAUGAUGACGUAGAAGAAGAUGAAGAUGCAGAUUACGACGAAGUUGAAAGUAUUGAAGACGAUGAUGAUGAUGUAGAAUAUGGAAAGGAGAACUACAAAGAUCUGGAUGGUAAUACUGGCGGCGUUGAAGAAAAGUCUGCAUCAACACCUAAGGUCGAUGGCAAUGUGAAAAAGGACACGACUCGGCAACAUUAAGUCCAUUUUACAUAGAAUUUGAUAGUAAUAUCUUGCAGACCAGACUCAUCGACGGUGCUAAGCUAGCUAGGCUCAUGACACUGGGUAAGGAGGUAGCGACGGUUCUCACGGUUGGUUCUGUAACCUUUAAGUUAACAAUCCAAAAAAAUAAAGAGGAGUUAGAAAGGAAACAUUAGAUAUAUAACCUAGGUAGCUGUUAACGUAUUAAGUGGGCUACGAACGAAGUCAGUAUUCGGGUUAUGCGGUUAACAAGUGGGGUAUUAAGGACUAUAAUAUACAUGACCUUCGCAUAUAAGUUUACUCCUGUACACGUGUAGCUUACGGCGCAGUAUUCUUAUCAUGCCUCCAUAGAC